CUGAGUUGAGAAGUUUGCUGCAGUAUAAAUGCUGAUGCUGUCCUCUAUCUGCCGCAGUGCCCUGCUUCUCCCCACACGGUGUGCACCUGACUUACUCUCUAGUCUACAUCAUCCCAGCAUCAACUCUCUCUCAGCAUCUCUCUGAGUGCCACCCAGCAUCUCCUCACUCUGGGUAUCAGACUCUACAUCCCAGCAUCUCCUCACUCUCUCAGGAUCCCUCUUAAUACAUCACAGCAUCUCCACAGUAUUUAUCCCAAACUUGCACUCCCAAUUCUCUCCCUAGUCACCCCUGUCUGCUUUACUUACCCCUAUCCCUCUGCUCCCUCACCCACUGAAAGUUUAAAGUUCCCCUAAACAUGCUCAGUUACAGCCUGGAGCGCUCCAUGGGACCAGCCACUUACCGCAGGCACCCUGGGGGUGACACUUACCUGCGCUCCAGCUCUUUGUCCCUCACUCACAGUGGCAGCAGCAGCUUCCAGUCCCAGAGCCGGAGUCGCCGCACUGUGGCUCCCCUGGCUUACAGCGAGGGUCCCGAGCCAUCCAAUGGGCCCCGCAAUGAGAAGGAGGCCCUGCAGGGGCUGAAUGAUCGCUUUGCCGGCUACAUAGACAAAGUGAGGCGGCUGGAGGAGCAGAACCAGUACCUGCAGCAGGAGGCCAGUGUCCUGAGGAAGCAGCAGGCUGGGGUGUCUGCUAUUGGGCAGCUGUAUGAGAGGGAGAUCCGGGACAUGAGGAACCAGCUCCUGAAAACCCUGUCAGAGAAUGGGCAGGAGCAGCUAGAGAGGGACCGGCUGACUGAGGACAUGGACCUGCUGAGGGUGAAGACCCAGGAGGAGCACAGGCUGAGGGAGGAGGCCCUGGCUGCAGAGAGGGCCCUGAAGCAAUAUCUCCAGGAGAGCAGCCUGGACAGGGAGCAGAUCGCCAGGAAGGUGCAGGUCCUGGAGGACGAGGUGGGCCAGCUGUGCAGGACCCACCAGGAGGACGUGGAGGACAUGCUACAGCAGAUCCAGGGGAGCCAGGUGACAACUCAGCAGCUGGGAGAAGUACCAGGCAUGGAGCUGGCAUUAGCACUCAAGGACAUCAGGGCACAGCUGGAGGGCCACAUUGGCAAAAACAAUGCCCUGGUCCAGGACUGGUUCCAAGAGAAAUUGAAUAAACUUAAUGAGGCAUCUCAUGUGAAUACCCAGGCAAUACAUUCUGCCAACGAUGAAAUCACCACAUACAGGCACCAGCUGCAAAGCCAGGUUACUCAGCUGGACGUACUAAAGAAUUCUCAGCAAAACCUGGAGAGACAAUGCAUGGAUAUGGAGGACCGCCACCAAGCUGAGAUGGCAUCUUACCAGGAUACUCUGCAGCAGCUGGAACAUGAACUGAGGAACACUAAGUGGGAAAUGGCUGCUCAGAUACGAGAGUAUCAAGACCUCCUUAAUGUCAAGAUGGCUCUAGACAUUGAAAUUGCCGCAUAUAGAAAGUUGCUAGAAGGUGAAGAAUGCCGCAUUGGGUCUGGAUUUGACCUUUUCCCAUUUGAUGAUAGAACAGUGAGGGUCCCCAGUACCCCAAAGCACAUCAAAGUUAAAAAAGAAGAAAAAAUUAAGAUUGUGGAGAAAUCAGACAAAGAAACAGUAAUUGUAGAAAAACAAACAGAGGAAACUCAUGUAACUGAGGAGGUAACAGAGGAAGAAGAAAUAAUUACAUCUCCUGAAGUAGAAAAAGAAGUCGGAGAAGAGGAGACAAAAGAUGAGGAAGAAGCUGAAGAGACAGCAGGGACAGGAGAAGAAGAGGAUACGACUGUUGAUGUAGUAGAUGAAGAGAAAGCUAAAAUUAAGGAUGAGGAACCAAGCAAAGCAACAGACCAGGAAAACAAAACAAAGAAAAGUGAGAAGGAAUCAACCAAGAAAGAAGAAACUACAGAGAAUGAGAAAAAGGGUAAAACAGAUGAAAAAGAAGACAGUGAGGAAGCCAUCAAAGAUAAAGAGAAGGAACCAACCAAAAAAGAGGAAAAAGGUGAUCCAACUAAGAAGAAAGAAAAGACAGAGCCUGUAAAAAAAGAUGAACCAUCCAAGGAGGGAGGAAAGAAUGACGACAAAGUGGACAAAGCUAAAACUGAUGAUAUCCCCAAGAAAGAGCAAAAGAAGGAGCCAUCUGAAAAAGAGUCUCUUAAGAAAGAUGAAAUAAAGGAGCCAGUCAAAGAGCCUCCUAAAAAAGAAGCCAAAGUUGAUUCUGCAAAAGAUGGAAAGAAGGAACCUGACAAACAAGCAGAACCUACAAAACAGGAGAAAAAAACAGAGGUGGCAAAGAAGGGAGAAAUUGUUGAGACUCCCACAAAAGAAGAAAAAAAAGAUAAAGGAGAGAAAGCAACAACUACAGCCAAAGAAGAAAAGAAAGAGUCUGAUAAAAAAGAAGUUAAGCCAGCUAAAGAAAAAGAUGAAAAACCUGACAAAGUCAAAGAAAAAACACAGAAAGCAGAAGAUAAUCAAUCAAAGGCAGAUGACACUAAGUCGGACAAAACAGAGAAAGAGACAGCCCCGGCUAAACAAGACCAGAAGUCAUCAAAAACAGAAGAGAAGCAGAAACCCAAGGAAGAAAAGAAGCCUAUCCAGCUGGACAGUGAUAAAAAGCCUGAGAAAGUAGAUGAGAAAAAAACAGCCAGUGGAGAAGAGGAGUCUCCCAAGAAAGAAGAAAAGACAGCUAAGGCAGAGGAAAAGUCAUCUAUUGUGGAGAAGCCAGCAAAGGCAGAGGAAAAAGCAAGUGAAAUAAAAGAUAAGCCAGCCAAGGCUGAGGAGAAGUUGCCUAAAACAGAGGAGAAGGUGCCAGUCAAGGGAGAGACAAAGCCAGCCAAGGUAGAGGAAUCAAAACCAGCCAAGGCAGAGGAAAAGAAGCCAGCCAAGGUAGAGGAAUCAAAACCAGUCAAGGCAGAGGAGAAGAAGCCUGCAAAGGUAGAGGAAUCAAAACCAACCAAGGACGAGGAGAAGAAGUCAGCCAAGGUGGAGGAGAAGAAGCCAGCCAAAGUAGAAGAAGAAAAGCCAGCCAAGAAAGAGGAAAAGAAGCCAGCCAAAGUAGAGGAAUCAAAACCAGCCAAGGAAGAGGAGAAGAAGCCAGCCAAGGUAGAGGAAGAAAAGCCAGCCAAGAAAGAGGAAAAGAAACCAGCCAAAGUAGAGGAAUCAAAACCAGCCAAGGAAGAGGAGAAGAAGCCAGCCAAGGUAGAGGAAUCAAAACCAGUCAAGGCAGAAGAGAAGAAGCCAGUCAAGGCAGAAGAGAAGACACCAGCCAAGGCAGAGGAAAAGAAGCCGGCCAAGACAGAGAAGACAACACCUGCCAAAGAAGAAAAGACUACAGCAAAAGAAGAGGAGACAAAACCGAUUAAAGUUGAGGAAAAAAAGCCAACCAAAGCAGAGGAGAAGACACAAGUCAAAGCAGAAGAAAAGAAGCCUGCCAAAGAAGAGAAAAAGCCAACCAAAGAAGAAGAGAAAAAGCCUACCAAGGCAGUAGAUGUUAAGCCAGUCAAAGAAGAAGAGAAGACCAAGGUAGAAGAAAAGAAGGAAACCAAACAUGUGAAGGUAGAAAUUUUGUCACCAGAGGCAGAAGAUAAGAAGGAGCCUGUAAAAGCAAAAGAAUUGCCAAAGGCAAAAGAUGAUGAAAAAUCCUUAAAAGAUAAGUCUCCAAUCACAGAGAAACCUAACAAAGAAGAAAAAGAAGACAGUCCAAAAGUAGACAAAAAAGCCAAAGAAACAUUGGUCACUAAAAAGGAACCAACACCAAGUGGAAAAUCCAAGACAGAGAAAAUAGAAAAAUCUUCUGGCACAGAUCCAACAGACAGUGAAACUACUCAGGAAGCAAAAAAGAGUGAUAAGUAAGCCAACCUCUGGGAAAAUGUAAACAGAGAGUUGGAAUCACCAAAGAGGCCACUAGCUGCCCAAUGUUUUUGCUCUGGAACUGUCACCCACAGAGACUGCUUUGAGAUGGUAAAAACACUGUACUGCUAUGCAGAAUGGACAUUAAGAAACCCGCCUAUAGAGUAAUUGGGGCAGACACUCAGCAGGUUUUUCUAAUGCAGCAGUCCAACCCCUUCCUUAAGAAACCUCAAGACUUAUAUAUACUAGAGCACAUGUGAAUACACAUGAGGGUAUAUAUCAAGGGUCACAAAGGAUGUGAAAAAAUUGAUGUAAACCUCUGCCCUACUUGUGCAUAUAUAAUGGUUCGUUACAGGAGCUGAUAGGGUACAACAUGUAGGACAGGUUAGGUUCAGUUGUAGUAGACAGGCGUCUAUUUAGAGAAGAAUGGGUGGAUAAAA